AGUGAAGCAGUCAACGCGAUUGGAUCGGGCACUUUAUCGGACACGGGACAGCCUGACGAUGUCCGCGGAAGUAAAGCCCUCAGCGAGGGUGGUACCCAGUGGGAAAGUGUACAGACAGAUGUUUGAUGCCCAGGUUCAGCUUACCCAGAGCCUAUCAAAGGGACGACGAGAACCGACGAUCAUCUCACGGGAGGAUGGAAUACCUCUGGUGCGGAGUGAGCAGAGGGACGGGCUUAAUGGCUUUCUCAACAGCAGACAGAAGACCUGGGUGGACUGCUUCCCUAACGACCCUCACACAGAAAACCCUGUGCUCUACAAGCAGUACACAGAGUUUGUGAGUUCAAAAUUAAAAGUACCUGACAGUGAAACAGCUGGUGCUGAAGUCAGGGGGUUGCCAGAUGUGGUUUUGCCGGCACGAACUGGAUCAGAUAUUAUCGACAGGAUUGCAAAAAGUAGACGAAAUAGACAUGAGGCAGCUGUGGAGGACAUGAGACAUGAGCUGUCUGAGAUCAGCCAGAAUCUGGAGCCGAGAAUUGCUGAGGCGGGAGAGAUGUUGAUGAACAGUCUAGAGGAGAAUGAGACAGAAAUUAACAGACUGCUGGCUAAAGUUGAAAAGGAUGAGGAUCUCAUAACGUAUAGGAUGCAGGGCUUAUCUCAGCUAUGGAGAGACAUUGAGUCACAUUCGUCUGUCAGACAGCAGUGGAUUGAGGAGUUUGAUGUCACUUGUCAUGAUGCUGAGAAACAGCGCAGCAUGCUGGUGAGAGAAGUUUUUAUGAAGUAUACCAAACUGUUGGAGAAGAUUUCCCAUCUGUUAGAGCCGGACUUGCACAAGAUGCUGGAUAGAGAGUCACAGAUGAUCAAUCAGACGGUGUUGAGCAACAAACGCUCCUACGCCGACCUAUUUAUGCGGUUGAUGUGCGCGGACAUGGAAAGGGAGAGAACUCAGCAUGCCUGGUGGCUUCGGCGCGUGGCAGACUGGAAAACCCUUCACACCAAUGAUACCAUUGACAAGUUCAGAGCGUUUAUGCAGAGUAAAGCAGUUGAGGAGCCGUCGUGUUUACAGAUGACCAAAACCCUGACAGAGUCGCAAGUGCAGGCACUGAAUGUGCGACGAGUCGACCUAAUCAACAGCCUGAGGGAUUUUAAGCCCCCUACCUCAACAAAAUCUGCGGUAUAUAGCUGGAACUCGCAGAUGUCCAUCGUCAGUGAGGAAAUAGAUCACCUGAACCAGCAAUAUGUGAUUCGACUGAAAGAAGAGUAUGAGAAGGUUGCUCAAACCUGGUUAGAUGAGAUUGAGAGAAUGAAGAUAUCUCUUAUUGAAAGUGAAGCUUGUACAGAGGAAGCUGCUCGUCUGGUUGUUGAGCGUGAUUUUCUCCCCCUCAUUGGAGAGAAACAAAGGGCUUUUGAGCAAAAAACAGAAGAAAUGGAGAAAGCGUUUGAUAAGCACCACGAGGAGAUGCAGUAUAAGCUCAAGUCUCUGUUCAAGUACAGUCAGGGUGCGGCCCACAUGUGGGACAUCCACGAGAUCGGGCUGGCCAAACAGGAGCGUGCGCUACAAGAGAAACUGGACGCUGGCCGACAGGCGCACGACCUACAGAACCAGGAGAAGGAGGCAGCUCUGGAUGCGGUGAUGGACAGAAUGAGACAGGAUGGGUCAGAGGGAGCACUCGCUGAAAGUUUAAAGAAAGCCCUGGACAUGCUCACUAAGAUCAGAAACAGCUAUGACAUCUUUCACCAGCAACAGGUCGAUAUUGUGCAAACCUACCCUGCCAUGGUCACGCAGGAGCUGCAGAACUUUGAUGCGUCGGUGUGCAAGUUUUUUGCAGUGGACAGAACUCACCCAGAUGAUGCUGCCAGAGAGACGACCGAGAAGGAGGAGCGCGAGGAAGCCACGGGGUCGGUGAUGCUUACAUCCCCUCGCAAGAAGAAAAAGAAGAGUGCUAAAACUCGACCUGAGAGUCAAGGGUCUGACUCGGUGAAAGGCAGCCCCUCCCUGCCGAUGAUCGUGAGUGAGAUACUGUCCACAUCUAAGGGCACGACGUUUUAUGUCCUCACGGAGGCUGGGGAACAUGGGGUACAGGAAACGACCAAAGAGGAUGAUACAAAUUACGGGGCGUUCCUUACAGAGGCACCUUCACUGGAGGAGAUCAAAGCUGACUACCUACAGUGGAGCAAUAUCACAGAUAGUCUUCUGUUCGAGAAUCCGCAUGAACUUCCUGGAUACCUGGAGGAGUGGAAGGAACAGGCCGUGGAGAGAGCUAACAGUGUUGUCGCCGCCAAGUGUGAGGAACUAAACAAUGAACUUGAUCUUCGUCUUCACCUCCAUCAACCACGAGCUCGCCGUGCUGAGCUAGAUAUCCACAAUGUCAGAGCAGCUGAGUUGGUGAUGCAUUCAGAGCGAGUCUCGCGACACUGUAAGGGAAUUCAACAGGGAUUGACUGAUCUACGUCAGCAGUUUGUCAAGGUCACGCAGGAACACAAUAAACUGGCACGCAAGUUUCGAGAUGAUGUUGAGUCCCUGGAGUCAGUCUUCAUCAAUGCUACCAAGUCAGCAAAACUGAUAGCGCUUCAGGGUCAGCUCAGCUUAGAACUCGACAAGUACAUGUCCAUCAUUAGAGCAUCUCUGAGGGAAUUCCGCAAACAUCUAGACGAGACUCUGUCCACACUGAGAGAAUCCAAUGCCAGAUUCAUCAAGUCUUUUAAGUUAUUUUCUGCAGGAGGUAACUUCUGCCCCGAGGAGAUCCAGGAGUAUCACAAGCGCCUGGAGAAGAUGUCUCACAAGCUGGAUGCUGCAGAGGGCGCAAUCAUGCUGGACCUGGAGGGCAUGGAGUCCAAGCGACUGGAGCACGCCACCAAGGUCUCUGUGGAGUUUGAGGACAGGUUCAAGAACCACAUGUUUGACUUAAUCUUCAUGGAGAAAAUUGCCAGGUGGUUAACGAACACACAGGUGAAAAUUAAAGCAGAGGUGGCCAGCAGUAACAGCCAGGCUCAGGCUCUAGGGCGUCACAUCAGCGAUGUCAGAAGACGGGUAGACGCCUGCGAGAGGCCAAAUCUGGACAAAGAGCAAAUCACAGCCACUGAGCUGAAUGAUAGCCUGAAGACUGUGUUCGAUGAUUUUCACAACAGAAGUGUCUACUUGAACUGUAUCAGCGACCUGCCUGCAGCUGGACCAAUGCAGGGGCCUCCUGCUCUAGGUGGCCGUGUGGCAUUCACAGGAGAAGUAACUCAGAUCAGUAAGCCUGGCCGUCAGCCCUCGGAAGAUCCCUCUGUAGUUGUGAUCAAGUCCAUCAUGAAGGCUCAGAGGAACAAGAUGAAGUUUGGUCCUGAUGCUGACUUGGAUGGGGAUUACCCUGCUGCGUUCUCUCCCACAGGUGGUGAAGGUAAGGAGAGAUUUGUAGCUCCUGGGCUGCCCCGAACUGGCACACAGAUCUCCGUAAUAGACAAAUCAGUCACCAGACUCGGCAGUCGUAGAGGAACAGCCGUGGCCUCAGGGCCGCCCGCAGUCGAUCUGCCCAGGAGAACUCAAUCCUCUUUACGCCGUGGGAGCAAAACGACCAGAUGGGACAGGAAGUACCUUGUGUUUGGGGACACCGUGGAGGAGGUAGAUUCCAAACACUUCCUGGGGGGGAUCAGGAAAGUGCUGCGGGAGGCUCAGGAAGGACUCUUUACAGUGGCUGAGAUAUUUUACAAGCAGAAAGGCUCGCGAGCUGUGACCAGGCCCCAGGCAUUACAGGACAACUUUGAUCACUGCGCUGAUGCACUCGUCUUCAAACUACAGUCUUACUUCAAUCAGGCAGAGACGUACCACAACCAAUGUCUUCAGGAGUUUCGAAGUCAGCUGAUGGAGAUAGAGGAGGUUGUCUCUCACAUACCUCCACUCAUUAUACAACAGGUGGUACAGAGUCAUAUCAGUGAGGCGCGCAAUCAGCAUACUCAGUUACAGGACCAACUCAGCCUCAGCCUCAAGGGACUCCAGAACACACAGAUCAAUCACCAGAACAUGCUCCGCCCCUCCCUGGGCCAUCCCCAGCAGAGGGAGGAGCUAGAGGCUCUCACUAAGGCAGAGUCUCAGCGCCAUGACGACUACAUUCAUGCUGUCAAUCAACAUGCAGCAGAGAGACAGUCUGCCCUGAUUGACCAAUCAGAGAGGUUUCUGGAGGAAUUAUCCCGCACAUCUGAGGCACAGAUCCUACAGUAUGACCAGCUCCUCAUCGUUGAUGAUGUACUCAUAGGAAUUGUUGAGCCCAAGAAGUUCCCAACCUCUGAAUUGAUCCGGCGUAAGACAGUGGGGCUGCCCCUGGAAGAAGAGGCAUACAAGUGUGUCAUACCCCGGGGCAAAAACACCUGGCCAGGUUUGCCUGCCAAUGAGUUUGUGCUGAAGACAACUGGUGAACCUUCUCAGAAGCCUAAACAGACGGCAUCGGUAACAACAGCAAAGACAACAUUGGGUCACAGCUCGGCAGUGAAAGCCCGAGACAGCGCUUACCAGGAAUACAAGAAGUACUUCAAGUCCGUACUAGCUGACAUAGAGGAAAAGAAACAGACCCAACUGACAGCUGAGGAAAGAUGGAUGCAGAACUGGGCUACAUCUGUGCAGAAAGUCAAAGAUCUGUAUUCAUAAGUCUUCCUCGUAUAUUCUAUGGGUUUUAUUACAGAGAAACAAACUGCCCAUUGUUGUGUUGAAUAGAUGUAUUCACCGUGUAAGGGCUUGGGAUCAAGGGGAAUGACUCUUACCGGACAGGCAGGGAAGAUAACUGGGCAGUCAAAUAGAUCCACAUCAUGUGGAUAUAUGAUCUUUCGCUCUAUUACUUCAAUUUUGGACUUUUCGCAUUUAGGUUCAGGUUUGGUAUUUACAGAAGAAGAAUUUGCCAGAAUUUGUGUAUUAAGUUGUUUUAGUGGCAACAACAAUGGUUGAGAUAGGUAACAAGACUGUCUCUCAUGAUGUUUUCCCAUUUUCUUUGGAUUUGGUCAUGACUCGAUUCUUCAUUUCUUGCUGAAGUGAAAAUAAUUACCAAUUUUUAGAUUUAUUUGCCUAGAGUUGUAUUUCAUCAUGUUUAAAGAGGAUUAAAUUAAAACUUAUAAUUUCUAGAGAACGUACAUGUAUUUAUUUUGUGAAUUAUACAUUUAGAUUCCUUAUCAGUAGUGUUAUAGUCUUUGGAAUGGAAUUAACUAGUUCAGCUGUGUGCAGUAUUUAUAUCCCACAUGUGAUGUCCCAGUAUUGUCUCUCAUGCAGGCUCUACAGUAGUUUUGUCCUUUGUUGAUUUUGACUGUGAUAUUUCAACAUUCCGUCCAUCACUGUUUAAUAGUUCUUUGCUACCUGCACGUGAUUUUCCUGUAAGAUGAACACGAGAGCUAUAUUUACAUGUUGUUUUUAGAGUUUGCAGAGUCGUUGAUUAUUAGAAAUAAUAUCUAGAUUUUAUGAAUCAGAAUAUUUUGUCUGUCUCUGAUUGUCGUGUUUACAUAUUUCAAAAUUUAUUGAUAAAUUUUCAAAAUGUUACAAAUUGUGUAUUUUAUUGUUUAUUACGGUACCUGAGCAGUAAUGUUGAACUUCCCGCUGACUUGGCUGUUUCUUUCUGUCAGGAGGUGUGUCAGGCAUCUGUCGUGCUAUGAUUUCUGU